AUGGGGGACUACGUCCCAGUCGUCGUUGCCGUCCUGGUCAGCAUCGACACGGUUUGGACGAGACCAACGAUAUCAACCAAGCCCAGGACACUUCGAUUAACGCUGAACCCUGGUCUCAGUCUCUCCCUAUUAAGCGCUCGCUGCGGACGGUCGAUACGACUGAUGCUGAGGCUGCAGAAAGAGGAAUCAUCCCGUCUAGCGUUUACUCCGCUCUCAGCAAGGCUGCAAACUCAAGAAACUCUCAAACAACAUGCAGAUCAAGGCUUAGCAAAGGACCCCAAGGCCGUGUACAAGGAAGCCGUCUGA